UUCUGGAAGCAGUAUCAGAAUUAGCAGGUUCAAGUUUGGCAUUUGUGAAAGUCAUGUGUGAUUUUUUAUUUUAGUGGAAGUGUUCAAAUUGAAUAAAAUUCAUUUAUUUGUGUUGUGAAAAUUUGCUUAGAAAUUAGUGAAACUGAGAAAUGGCUUUUCCCCGUUCAACAUUUAGUGGGUACCCAUUUGAUGAUGACAUCAUAGAAGACGAUCCAUUUGGUGGAACAGGUUUUCGUUCAACACUAGAUUCAUUGGCAGCUCGACAUCCCGAACUCGCCGACCACUUUCAAAGUCGCAUUCGACCUGGUGCUCAAAACUCUUGGGGCCCGCAUCGGAAAAGGAGGGGAUCUGGAACAUUAGGGGGAAGCCACCCCAGUGGAUCUACUGAAAAACCUGCUCAAUCACAUCACUAUCAAGGAUUUCCAUUUGAUGAUUUUCCAAGUGAAUUCAGACAGCAUAUACCAGAAGAUUUCGGUUAUUUUAGUGGACCAACUGCGCCUGAAAAAUUUUUUCUUCAAACCCCUCAAGACAUACCUGUCAAAGUGGAUGUGGUACGAGGUUCUGCAGAGCAACAAUUAGAACAACCUGAUAAAAAGGAUUUUUCUACACAGACCGACGAGUCACUAUUUGAUCAAACUAAAACUGAUCAUCCUAGUAGUUCUGAAGCCAAACCACUUAGUCAAUACGGGUUGCGCAAUACUGUGGACUUGGGUCAAAAGUGUGAGUUAAGUGCAAAAGAGGAGGCAAAUAGAGGCACUAGAUCGAUGUCAGCUCCUCCAGAAGAUAGCCGGAUGCGCAAUCCACCUUCCGCAAUGGGUCAAUCCGCCAGUGGACAUUCAACAAACGAGCCCAAACCAAACCAACAGUUUCCAAAUACUUCUAGUUCGUCUAAUGAACAGCAGCCUCAUGUUAGACACAUCCCCAUUUUUGUUGAAGGUAGAGAUGAACCCGUAGUCAAUACAAAUUUAUCCAAUCAACAAUUUGUACAUCAAGAAACAGCUGCACCUUCUACGUCGCAAAAACCUAAAGCAUCUGCGCAUGGCCCAAUAUUUAAUGCUGCACAAAAAUUAACAGAUCCAACUAAACAAAAAAGUGAUUCAGUUCCAGGCAUUGCAAAGCCUCAGCAACCACCUCCGGUGGUUGAUCCUAUAACAAAAAUACAAAACAUCCAGAAGGAUGUUCUGGAACUUAUGUCACAAGUGGAAACAUUUUUUGGAGCUCGUCAAGACAAACAGUACAUAUUUUUAGACGAGAUGCUCACCAGAAAUCUCUUGAAAUUGGAUGAUGUAGACACAGAAGGAAAAGAAAACAUAAGACAAGCUCGAAAGGAGGCGAUAAAAUGUAUCCAGAAAUGCAUAUCUGUUCUGGAAGCAAAAGCUGAUGCCCAUGUAGAAAAAGUAGAAACUUCAACAGAUAAUGCGGAUGUUGUACAAAAGAAUGCUGAAAACUCUGAAUCAACACCACAGGAUUCUAAAGAAGGAAAUGAACUGAGUAAUACUACAAUAAACUCUGAUCAAAAGUCAGAAACCGAGAAAAAUGAAACAUCAGACUCAAAUGAUGAAAGUAAAAAGAAUGGACAGAAUACCUCAGAGAACCAAAGUGUUAAUGCUGAUACCAAACCAGCGACAGAGCCUAUAUGUAAAUCAUAAUUUAGCUCGAAAGAAUAUAUUUUAGAUAAAGAUAUUUACUUAUAUUACUUAAUAUAUAUUUGAUAUAGAUAGAUUUUUAAUUCAUAGUGUGAGAACAUUUCAACAAUUUACCAAUUUAAAGCGCAUAUUUAUAGAAAUUUAAUGAGCUUAUUUUGUAAAUAUAACAAUAAAAUUUUUAGAGAACCAAUUCUCACAUCUAGUUUUAUAUAGCUUUUGUUGCCAUGAUAUUCGAGUAUUGCACUGAAGAUGGGAUAAAUUUCCCAUGUUUUUAUUUGAGGUCGUUAUUUGAAUGUUCAGGUCUACAAUUUAACAUUGAUCAUAGCAUUAUCGUGUGUCACUAAACUUUUCA